AUGUGUCUGGCCUCAGGAGAAAUAAUCAUUGUUGUUAUUCCCAAUGGGCGUGAGGCGAGUGGCCACGGUGAGGACAGCAAUGAGCUACAGACAACUCCAGAGUUCAGAGCACACGUCGCAAGGAAACUGGGAGCAAUGCUGGACAGUUUCAUCACUGUCUUGAAGGAUUCAUCAGGACCUUCACAAACUUCAGUGCCAGAGUCUGACUCUGCAGAUGAUGGUUUUCGCCUCUUCUCUUCCUCUGUCCCAGGAGACUGUGGGAAACCAGAGCCUUGCCCUGCAGCAAGGAGGAGACGACAGGCCAGCUCCAGUGACACAGACAGUGACCAGGAGUGGCAGAGGUACCAGGAGGCUGCUGUGUCAGCUGCAGAUAUUCUGAAGCAAAGUGCUUUUCCUGCCCUGUUCCAGGAUUCCAGCCAGGAUCAGAGUCAGGGUUAUGUAGAGCACAAGCAGAAAAAAAAGAAGAAAAAGAAAAUUAGGAGAGAGAACAAUAUUCAAGAGACAAUAAUGGGCCCAGCAGAGUGUGACCAGAUCUGCAAAGAUUUGCCACGGUUGGUGUGUGCAAAUGGACAGCAUGAGAGACAGGACAGCAAUCACAGAGAGAACUCACUGUUGGCAGGAGUUGUGAAGAAGAAAAAGAAGAAGAAAAAGAAUGAAGAUUUUGCUCUGAAAACAGCAGGUGGUUAUGAUGGAUGA